AGAACCUACUGUUAUGUUAAUCUGAGUCCUCCUAUUGAAGAUGAAGCAGGAGUCUUCCCGAAGUCCUUCCUAUACUGUGGAGUGUGAGGACUAUGUGCAUGUGGUGGAGUUCAACCCAUUUGACAGUGGGAUUGCAGAAUCAUUAAUAGCUUAUGGAGGAAAUAAUUAUGUGGUUAUUGGGCGCUGCAGCUUCCAGGAAGAGGAUGCAGAAGUGGAUGGAAUACAGUAUAAUACACUGAGGACGUUUCAUCAGGGGAUUAGAGUUGACGCUAUAGCAUGGAGUCCAGAAACUAGACUUGAUGCUUUACCACCCUUGCUACGAUUUUGUACUGCAGCUGCUGAUAGGAAAUUGAGGUUAUUCACAUCAGAUCUCCAAGCUAAGAAUGAAUAUAAGAUUAUGGAAGGCCACUCAAGUUAUAUUAAUGAUAUGGUAUUUGCUCCUAAAGGAGGUCAAGAAAUUGCAAGUGUGAGUGAUGACCACACCUGCAGGGUCUGGGACCUGGAGGGGAAUGUGAGAGCUUGUUUUGUUCUACGUUCUCCAGGAAUGAGUGUGGGUUGGCAUCCUGAAGAUACAUUCAAGUUGAUGGUUGCAGAGAAGAAUGGAACAAUAAGAUUCUAUGAUCUUGUGACCCAUCAGGCCAUUUUAUCCCUCACCACUGGUCAGACUCCCCUGAUGUCAGCACAUUGGUGCUUAAAAAAUACUUUUAGAGUUGGAGCAGUUGCUGGAAAUGAUUGGUUAAUCUGGGAUAUUUCGCGAUCUAGUUAUCCUCUGGAUAAGAGACCUGUUCAUGCUGAUAGAGCUAAAUUAUUUAGGUGGUCCACAGUCAACGAAAACUUGUUUGCUACUACCAGCUGUCCUGGCAAAAUGAACAGUCAGCUUCUGAUCCACCACUUAGGACAUCCUCAGCCCAUCCAUAUUGGUUCGGGAGCUGUGGGAUCUGGCUUGACUUGGCACAGGACGCUCCCACUAUGUGCCAUGGGUGGAGAUCACCGUAUUUUUUUCUGGGUGACAGAAAUGUAAACAUUUGUAUAUGGUUAUUGCCCAUGGAACUGGGAAGAAGUUAUAGCACAUAAUAUUAAAAAGCCACUAAUUUUUAUCGCUGC